AUGGCCGGCAGCGGGUCGCUGGCCCUGCGGACAUUGCCCGCGCAGAGCUGGGUGCGGGGCUCGAGCCCGGCCGUGCUGAGCCGCCUGCGGGAUGCGGCCGUGGUGCGGCCUGGCUUCCUGAGUGCGGCCGAGGAGGACACGCUAAGCCGCGAACUGGAGCCGGACCUGCGCCGCCGCCGCUACGAAUACGACCACUGGGACGCGGCCAUCCAUGGCUUCCGGGAGACGGAGAAGACGCGCUGGUCGGAGGCGAGCAGGACCAUCCUGCGGCGGGUGCAGGAGGCCGCCUUCGGCCCAGGCCAGGCCCUGCUGCCCGGGGUGCACGUGCUGGACCUGGAGCCGAGGGGCUACAUCAAGCCGCACGUCGACAGCGUCAAGUUCUGUGGAGCCACCAUCGCUGGCCUGUCCCUGCUGUCCCCAAGUGUCAUGAGGCUGGUGCAUACCCAGGACCCCGCAGAGUGGUUGGAACUCUUGCUGGAGCCCGGUUCCCUCUACAUCCUAAGGGGCUCCGCCCGGUAUGACUUCUCCCACGAGAUCCUCCGGGAUGAAGACUCUUUUUUCGGUGAACGCCGGAUUCCCCGGGGCCGACGCAUCUCUGUGAUCUGCCGUGCACCCCCUGAGAUGGGGCCCGGGGAGCUAGCACAGCCCCCCACGGCUUGCUGA